GUGUUCGCGCGCACGAAUUCAAAGCCUCAUUGGUUGGGCGCGCUAUUAGAAGACGCCGGAGGCAUGCAGUCCUCAGAUGAAGGAAAGGUGUGACGGACCACGGAUGACAUGCAACGAGAGAUACUGACAUGAUUUCGUUAGCAGAUAUGCUUCUUAAUUACGGACUAGCUAUGGUGUUCCUCGUGUUCAUCUUGGCGACCGUUUCGAUUUGUUCAAUCAUUUAUUUGAUAUUUCUUCAUAUUAUGCACAAGAGGUAUGCCCACAUUCCAAGUCCAAAAAGAGCAAGUUUUAUCCUCGGUCACCUCCCAUUAAUCCUGACUGGUUACAAGAAAGGCAGCUACUUCGUUGAAAUACUUCGUCAGUGGAUUGAAGAAAAUGGCGACACUAUCGCCAUUUUCAUGCUCCAUCGUGUGUUUGUGGUCACAGUUGAUCCUUACUCAGUCAGGGACCUGAUGGUGACUGGCGGACACCCUAAAGACCCGGACAGUUACAAGGUGGCAUCGUACCUGUUUGGUGAGAGAUUCCUUGGUAAUGGCUUGGCAACAAGUACGGACUUCAUCCACUGGGCUCACAGAAGGACAAUCAUUGCCCCGGCUUUCCACAGAAGAUUACUCCUGAAUCACAUCAACGAUUUCAACCAGGGAGCGGAUCGUCUGAUGAGCAAACUUAGGUCAAUGGCCAGUAAGGAUAAACCAGUCAAGAUGCUGCAUCAGUUCAACAGGGCUGCUCUCGACAUCAUCGGCAAGGUUGCGUUUGGUAUGGACGUGGAUUCGCUGCACAAUGAGUGCAGUCCGUUCCCGAAUGCCAUCCAUACUGCCAUGGAGGGCUUCUCGGAGUACACCAAGAACCCACUUUCCGGGAUUAACCCCUUUUUGAGAAGCUUCCACAAAGAUGUACGGCAAGCGAUCCGGUUUCUCCGGGAUACAGGCCAGCGGUGUUUCCAGGAGAGGAUACGGCAGCUUGAAGCGGGCGAAGAUUGUCCGGUUGAUGUGCUCACACUUGCUAUCAAAGCGGCAGAAACUGACAAGGGAUUUGAUCUUGAGGCAUUGCUGGACGAUUUUGUUACGUUUUUCAUAGCAGGACAAGAGACAACAGCCAUAACUCUCUCCUUCACCGUGAUGGAGCUUGGCCGACACCCCGACGUCCUUGAAAGGUUAAGAGAAGAAGUCCAAGAACAGAUUGGAGACAAGGAAGUCAUAACAUACGAAGACGUUUCCAAACUGGAAUACAUGAAUAUGGUGCUCAGAGAGAGUUUACGUCUCUACCCGCCGUCUCCCAUGACGUUUCGUAAGACACUGCAAACGCAGGACAUUGGUGGUUACACUAUGCCGUCAGGGACAACAGUUUUGCUGAGCACUUACAUCAGCUCGAGGUUGGAACAGUUCUUUCCUGAUCACACAACUUUCGAUCCUGAGAGGUUUAACCCAAACAACGAAAUAAGACCAAGUCUGUACGCCUGUUACCCUUUUUCAAUUGGACACCGAAAUUGCGUAGGACAGCAGUUUGCGCAGCUCGAAGCCAAGAUCAUCUUGUCAAAGUUCAUCCGGGAAUUCGAUUUCGUGUUAGAUAGCGACCAGUCAUUAGAAGCGGAGCAGAUUGCCACAUUACGUCCCAAGGGGGAGGUGACCUGUUUUCUUUGCGAGAGAAGUACCCCGGGUGGAGGGCACAACCGACCAGGUUCCCUGUACUGAAGACAGUCAUAGGGCUACGGGAUCGAUAUCAGAGAGGCAAGAAUUGGUUCUAAGAGAACAGGACGGGCCAGGCAGUGUUGACAGGCCGAGAGAGACUGUGAAUGAAAAUAUUAUGACCUCGACAGUAGCAGAUGAGAACAUCAUGACGUCACUUGCCGACGAAGGAGUACUGAUGCGCUUGCGACCGUUAGCUGCCAACUAAAGUUAAUUUUUCACUUCUACAUGAUGUAGCCGUUUUUAAAUCGACAACCCUUUUGGCCUCUGGACUUCGAAAGAAACAGGCAAAAGACGGGACAAGAAAUCGAAUAUGCAGUAUCUGUUAUUAUUUACAAAUUGAUUGCUUCUGUGAAACUCCCAAAUAUUUUCAAAAAAACUCAGGGAAGUUUGAGAUUAUCAGUAUGUUUAAUGGCAAUUCUUUAAAAACGUCAAAUACCUAUCCUCGAAGUGGGGUCUGUGUCAGUCCUUUUUGAGACAUCUUGACCCUCAAUGUAUUGACAUUGCUAAGCUUCCAGACAACGCGCGCGGAGGUUACGGAAGCAAUGCCGCUUAUGUUUUUGAGAAUGUUUUUGCUAAAGGUGCACUGUUCCCCGCCCUUCCAAAGGUUACAGUAUUUACCUCCCAAGUGACUGUCUGUAUUGAAAUUACUGAAAUAGCAUUUUAUGAUAGAUGUUAAGAUAUGGCUUUCUUUGGGCCGAUUAAAGAUAUGGCUUUGUGCAGAUGUAAAGAUGGCUUUCCUUUGUGAAGAUGUAAAGAUAUGGCUUCCCUUUGUGUAGAUGGCUUCACCUUGUUUAAAGUGCAUGUACAUAAACUGUAGAUAAACUGUACGGAAGAGAGGUAGUUUAUAUUCGUAAACACAUUUGUUGCUGUUGUGUAUAUAAGAUUUUAUCCCACCUGUACAAAAAAAUACAAUAUUCAGUCUUAAUUAAUGAAGAGUAGAACCUCUCUAUUAAGGACAUCCUCAUGACUGACAAGUAAUGUCUUUAAUAGAGAGGGGUCCUGAUUACAGAGGUCAAAUUGAAUGGAAACAACCACUUUGGGACCACAACUAGUGUCCUUACUAGAGAGGUGUUAGCUAUCGGAUGUUCCAUUGUACUCUAUUCAAUAAAG